AUGCUCCUCGACGCCAAUACCAAUCUAAAUGCUGUGAUAUCCACUCAUGACUACAAGAAAAUCCUUCUGUUUUUCGGGGUGGUGAAGGAAUUGUCUACAUUCUUCAAACUGUACAAAUCUAUCCCUGAAAUCAACCAGUUGAGUCAGAUGAUCAAUAAUACUCAAAACAAGUUGGUAGACGAUAUCUUCAUAGAUUUCGAAGAAUCGUUGAACCAUAAGUCAUUGAAUGAUCAAUUGAUAUACGGGUGUGAAAUUUUGGAGGUAGUUGACUUGAAAUACAAGGACAAGUUACUUGCUUGGUUUUACAAUUUCCAACUCAAGGAAAUCACCGCAAUUUUCAAUAAUAUGGACGAAGCAGGUUCAUUGGAAAACAUUGACCGUCGCUACAUGUACUUUCAAAACGUGCUCUCUGCUACUCAGAAUAGCUACUUGAAGUUGUUUCCAGAAUCUUGGAACGUGGACCUCGAGCUCUGCAAACUCUUUUGCAAAAUCACUAGAGAUGACUUGUCUGCCCAACUCAACCUGUCCAUGAGCUCAGCCAAUCUUCUUGAUGCAUUGACCAAAACUCUCAACUUUGAAAAGUACUUGAGUGAAAAGUUCAAAACAAAGGAUUUCGAUAGAAUGAUCCUGAAGUCCUUUGAGCCUCAUCUUCUUAUAUGGGUUCGCGAGCAAGACAAGAUGUUAAACUCAAGAAUGUUAGAGUUUAUGGCUGCUCCUAAAAUCCCCACCGAGUUUCUUGAAUCCAACGAUCCGACUGAAUUCUUGACUUCUCUCAAAGUUAACAGCGUCCCAAAUAUCUCCAAUUCCUCCAUUGAGCUUUUCAGAGCGUUUCAAAAGGUAUUGACACAAAUUGUCAAGCUAAGCACUGGCCCCAUACUUCGUGAUGUGACUAAAGUCUUUGCCAAAUACUUGCGUGAAUACAACCUGCGUAUUCUUUCUCCGAUCAUACCAAGUCAAAAUGACGACUUGAACGGGAUAGAGCCGAUAAAAUACUUAACAAUGGUGUUAAACACAAGUGACUAUAUUUUGAACAACAUGAAUGACUUACAAGGCAGGAUAUCUAAUAUUAUUGAUCCAGCAUUCAAGAAAGAAAUAAAUUUCGAGCUUGUCCAUGAGGAGUAUAUCAGCUUGAUUAGCAGGGCUGUGAAUGCGAUGCUACUUAAAGUAUCGAAUGACCUACAAUUUGCAUGGAGACAAUUCACCAAUAAUAACUGGAACAGGAUGGAAACUACUACAGAUGUUUCCAACUACAUGAUCGAUUUCAAAAGUUCCUUGGUUGGCAAUUGCCAGAUUAUUCUUCCAUUGAUAAUGAGGGAGGGCUACGGCCGUAACAUCUGUGAUAAGGUUGUGGAAAUGGUUGUCACCUCAUUCAUGAAUAACCUUCGCUUGAUAAAGCCUUUGAGUAUUGUCAACAUCGAGCAAAUUCUUAUUGAUUUGACUGUGUUGAAAAAGGCGGCGCUCACUCUCCCGCUUUACGCAAACCCCAACUACGAUGAAACAAAAGCAAAUGGCGAAGAAAAGCCUCCUAAAGCAUAUGAGCGGCAUAUCACCAAUCAGUUUCAAAAACUCGAAACGCUACUCAAGCUUCUUCUUACCCCUACGCUCCCAGUCGAAAAUCUUGUCCAGAAUUACUUCCAGUUUAUUGGCGACAAGUCCCGUACAAACUUUGUGAAGUUUUUAAACUUGAAGAACAUUUCUCAAACGGAUCAAAAUCGCUAUAUUGAUAACUUCAACCUCCAACUUGGUCUUGAAAAUUCGCUAAUUGAGGAGUCUCCUAUCAUGGCAGGUAUCACCCAAGACCCAAUUAGCAUCAAUACUGGAUUGCUUAGUAGCAGUCCUUCUCCAGAACCUGUAUUAAAAUCACCCAAAUUAUUGACUCCACCAACGUUGAAUAACAUCAAAAUUAACAACUUGGAAAAGAACUUGCGAGAACUAGCCUUAAACGGAGAGAACCACGUUAGUAAGUUCAAUGAAAACUUCAAAAAUAUUGGAAAAUUUUUCCGAAAAGCGGACCAUAAUGAGUAA